GUCGAGUGUCGGGGCAGCCAGGAGGGGGCGGUCUCUUAAAGGACGCGGCGCCUUCCUUUCCCCGCUCGCUGGAUCGCGGGAUGGAGCGAGAAGUGGGAGUCGGUCGGGCUGGCGGGCGACGAGCCCCGUGCUCCCUGCCGCCGCCCCCAGGUAAGAGCCCUGCCUCCUUCGCCCUCCCCUGGGAUAAAGCGGCGGCCCGGGCGCCGCGGCCGGUCUCUGUCAAGCCGGUCCCGUCGUGUUAUGGCAGCGCUUGGAGCCCUAGUGAAGAAAGUGUGGAGUAUCCGCCGCUAUCUCGUGCUGUUGUGCACCCCGCUGGUGCUGCUGCCCAUCCUCUUCAGCCUGCCCCCCAAGGAAGGGAAAUGCCUCUACGUAAUUCUGGUGAUGGCCUUAUACUGGUGCACUGAAGCCCUGCCAUUGUCUGUGACUGCACUACUUCCCAUAGUUCUCUUCCCCUUCCUUGGUGUUCUCCCAGCCAACAAAGUUUGCCCCCAGUAUUUUUUAGACACCAACUUCCUCUUCCUGAGUGGCUUAAUCAUGGCAGCUGCUAUCGAAGAGUGGAAUCUACAUCGUAGGAUUGCACUGAGAAUCCUUAUGUUGGUGGGAGUCCAGCCAGCCAGGCUCAUUUUAGGAAUGAUGCUGACAACGUCCUUCCUGUCCAUGUGGUUGAGUAACACAGCCUCUACUGCUAUGAUGCUACCAAUUGCAACUGCUAUUCUGAAGAGCCUCUUUGGCGAUAAGGAAACAUCUCAGGAUCUCAGGAGGGAAAAUGCAGAAAAUCAAACUUCUCUAUAUCAGAAUAACCUUCACACAGUGCCAACUGAAAUGCAGCUGCUAGCGAAUGUUGACGAAAAAGACUUGGCUGAAGAGAAAGAAGUUGCAAUCGAAGUUUCCUCAGAUGUAAGGAAGGAGGAAGAGCACAAGAAGAACAUAUGGAAAGGCUUCCUCAUUUCGAUCCCUUAUGCUGCCAGUAUUGGUGGAACAGCAACGCUGACAGGAACAGCACCAAAUCUCAUUCUUUCGGGACAGCUCAAGAGCUUUUUUCCAGGGUGUGACGUUGUGAAUUUUGGCUCCUGGUUUGUGUUUGCAUUUCCCUUAAUGUUGCUGUUCCUUUUUCUUGGAUGGCUCUGGAUCUCUUUUCUUUAUGGAUGUAUUAACUUAAGUUGCUGCAGAAAGAAGAAAUCGGAGAUAAGGGCUGAUGCAGAAGACAGAGCCAGGGCAGUAAUAAGGGAUGACUAUCAGAAACUGGGACCAAUAAAGUUUGCUGAACAGGCAGUACUUGUACUUUUCUGCUUAUUUGCCAUCCUGCUCUUCUCCAGGGACCCUAAAUUCAUCACAGGCUGGGCAAGUUUAUUCACACCCGGGUUCGUCACAGAUGCAGUUACUGGAGUCACAAUAGUGACAAUAUUGUUCUUUUUCCCAUCAAAAAAGCCAUCACUUAAAUGGUGGUUUGAUCUGAAAGCACCAAACACAGAGAAUCAGCCCUUGUUAUCUUGGAGAAAAGCCCAAGAAAGUGUACCUUGGAAUAUAAUCCUGUUGCUUGGAGGAGGUUUUGCCAUGGCAAAAGGAUGUGAGGAGUCUGGCUUGUCCACCUGGAUUGGAGGCCGCCUUGACCCCCUAGAGAAUCUCCCUCCUCCUGUGGCUGUUAUUCUGAUUACGGCAGUGAUUGCGUUAUUCACAGAAUUUGCUAGCAACACAGCCACAAUUAUAAUCUUCUUGCCUGUCCUGGCAGAACUGGCUAUUCGUUUGAAAGUGAAUCCUCUCUACUUAAUGAUACCAGGAACCAUAGGAUGCUCAUUUGCUUUUAUGCUUCCAGUCUCCACACCCCCAAAUUCAAUUGCCUUUGCUUCUGGGCACUUAAUGGUCAAAGAUAUGGCAAGGACUGGUCUACUUAUGAAUCUGAUGGGAGUUUUACUUCUGAGCCUGGCUAUCAACACUUGGGCCAUGAGCAUCUUUCAGCUGGGCACCUACCCUGCCUGGGCCAACAUCCAUUCAGAAAAUACCACUACUACCCUGCUGGUGGACGUGCAGAACAUCACCCUAAACUCAAUGAGUAAAUUAUGAACAAAGCAACCUUGUUGUGGGAGGAGCACUCCCUUUAAAUUUGCGGCACUGAAUUAAAUCCACAUCAAGUACAUAUACGCACAGGUGGUGGCACUGUUGAUGCGCACCCAAUACAGGACUGUCAUGUUCUUUUAUGUUUGUUUUUAUAACUAUUGGUGAGUACUCACUGGAUAAUUAUUUUGUGUCUUGGAAGACUUUCUUCACUUCAUGCAAAACCUCACCAAGCACUUCUUAAGUAGGUUUAGUCUUUCAUGGUAUGGGGAAUUAACUGACAGAUCUUUUCCCAUCUUGUAGAAAUAAAGGGAAUUAUUUUCCUUUUUUCACAAAGUGGACUGACUCUCUAGAUGUAGAAGCAUAUGGCCCUCUGAAUGUAAAAGCAUAGAGCAAGUGAAGCAGUGUAUCUUCUUUUGGCCCAGAAAACAUAUUCUUCACCAAACACAGGUGUCCAGAAAAAAAUAAACAGAGACAUCAUCUCAUUGGCCCAGGGUGAUGGCUUCCUGUCUACAUGUGUUGCUCCUUAGCAGAGGCGGGGAACUUUUUUUAAAGACCAUUCCCUCAUGGGCUACCUACCUAGGGCUGCAUGCCAGUGGUAAGUGAGGCCAGAUACAAAAAGUGGGUGGAACAACAUAUGCAAUGCUUAGUAGAGUAGGCUACAUUCCAGCCACGCAAAAGUUUAAACAGGUUCUAUAUGCACAUCUUUUUAUCCUCCAUCCAGGCAAGCAGAGGUAUUAUCACAUUCCAGCGAGGCAGAAGCAUCUGAGGAGGGUAUGGAGCAAGGCUAGUGAGGGGUACAGCUUGGGGAUUGUCCUGGGGGCCAGUUAGAGGUCUGGAGGGCUGCAGGUUCCUUGCUUGUUAGAAUGGAGGAGGGUAGAACACCAAGAAUGUGUUGAUGAGAUUGUAAAUGAGGCUUGCCCUGAAAGAGGGCUUGAGAGUUCAAGAUAUUGAAGAGUUUUCAGAUACAAGGUGGCAGAUGGGGGUGGAUUGCUGUAGUGUAAAUAUAAUAAUCAGAAAAGCAAGGCAUCCAUCCCUCUCUUCAUUGCACUUGGAAUUUACGCACUCCUCAUAAAUCAAAAGAAUAGACUCACUGAGUUCUAGGCAUAACAAAAUAAUCUGAAGAUAGCUAGGGAUUUAUUUGGAAAGUGCAGCAACUGAGCAGACUAUUCAGUUGAAAAAAUGGGAAUUCCUAGUGGUCCAAAGGUUGUGUUUUGCUUUCUUAUGC